AUGUCAGGCUUGAAGAAGUUCUUCCCUCACUCCACCAGCUUCCUCAAGGGCUCGGCGACGGACGUCGCUUUGUCAUCGCUGGCUGGAAAGACCCUCUUCUUCUAUUUCUCGGCUAGUUGGUGCCCGCCAUGCCGCGGCUUCACUCCGCAGCUCGUUGAAUUCUACAAGACACACGCGAAGUCGAAGAAUUUCGAGGUGAUGCUGAUCUCUUGGGACGAGGAGGUCGAUGAUUUCACGGAGUACUACGGGAAAAUGCCAUGGCUGGCGCUGCCCUUUGAGGAUCGAAAAGGGAUGGAGUUUCUCAAGAAUGGGUUCAAGGUGGAGACGAUUCCGACGCUAAUCGGCGUCGAGGCGGACACAGGCAAGAUCCUUACGACACGGGCACGCAACAUGGUCGUGAAGGACCCCGAGGCGAAGGAGUUCCCGUGGCCCGACGUGUCGGAGAAGUAA